AUGGAGCGCCAAUUACUUUCCCGAUCCUGCGCCCUCCCGCGCCUCCUCCAUCGCCCACUCCGCCCCUGCGCCACCCACACCCUCCGCCCUGCCCGCCCUUUCCACACCUCCCCCCCAGCCCUCCUCCAGUCCAAGCCCCCGCGCACCCGCGACCGCGGCCCCAAAAGCGAAGAAUCCACACAAACGGACUUCAACGCGCUUGAUGUUCUGCGAAAUACCGCUGCACCGGCUACCAGCAUCGACGCGACGACGCCCGAUGGGUUUGCGCUGAACAACCAGAUGCGGGUUAGUGGGUGCGGACUGUUGCUGGUGGGAGGCGAGGCGUUUCGGUGGUGGCCAUGGGUGGGCGCUGAGGGGGAAGAGGGGGGGAUGAAGAGGUUGCGGAAUGCGAAGGGGGCGUGGGAGGUCGGGGAGGGGUGUUGGGGGGCGCUGGAGUUGGUGUGGCCGAAGCCUGAUAUCCUCAUCAUUGGCACCGGCUCGAAGGUUCUUCCCCUCGCGCCCGCGGUACGCACGUAUCUCAACGGCUUGGGGAUACGGUUGGAAGUGCAGGAUACGCGGAAUGCGGCGGCGCAGUUCAAUCUGCUGGCAACGGAGAGAGGUGUUGGACAGGUUGCUGCGGCGCUGGUGCCGACGGGGUGGAGGGAUGGAAAGGGGAUCGUUAUGGAGGACUGA